AGUGUCACAUGCUCGUUACCACCACAUCAGCCACAGAGAUUUCCGAACAUCCAAGCAUACGAGAACCAUGUAGCAAGCGCGCAUGUCAACCGCUGCAAAGAAUGCGGCAAGAAUCUCCCCUCAUCGCAUUUCCUCGAGUUGCACAUUACCGAAAACCACGACCCAUUCUUCGCGGCGAAACGCGAGCGAAAUGACCGCAAUGGUUCAAGAAGGAGCAGCGACAUAGCUGCAGGAUCGAGCGAGAAACUCAAAAUCUACGCAUGCUUCAUCCCGGAAUGUGAGAAGCUUUGCAGCGAUUGGAAGAAGCGUCGGAGUCACCUCGUCGAUAAGCAUGGCUUUCCUCGCAACUACGACUUCUUCGUCGUGAAUACAGGGAAUGACGGUCGCGCGAGCAUGUUACGU